AUGGUAGGCUUUCCAAGAAAUUCUCCGACUACAAUCGACACGACCAAUACCAUUUUAGAACAACAAGCACAGGGCCACUCAUCAUCAACAAGGUUUUCUUUAACUACUGCACCAUCGUAUGUUUCCAUGCCUCAACAGCAUCAACGACAACCACAAGCAGCCACAUCCAUAGAUCCAUUUAUUAAUAACAAUCCAUUGUUUAACAAUGGCCCGAUUGGAUCCUCGUUUCGGCAAGGAUUUACAGCUUCAGUUGCGGCUAAUGAUCCAUUGUCCAACAAUAGUUUGAAUGACUCCUCCUUCUCGCAAGGUUUCAGAACUUUCAAUUCUAUUUUUGAUCUCAAUGAUCCAUGGUCCAAAAAUGAUGUAUAUAGUCCCUCCUUCCGGCAAGGUCUAACUACAGCCCCGGAUCCUAUUAACAAUUCAUUGUCUAACAAUGAUCAAUUUGGCCCAGGCCUUUGCUUCCAGCAAGGUUUUUCUGCUACAACCGCUCAUAUCAAUGACUCAUUGUCUAACGAUGGUUCAUUUGGUCCCUCUUUUCGGCAAGGUUUCGCUAUAGCUCCAGUUCCUAUGAAUGAUCCAUUGUCCAACAGUGCUCAAUUUAACACCUCAUUCCAACAAGGAUUGUCUACAUCAUUAGCUUCAGAACCAUUGUCCAACAAUGGUCCCUUUGGUCCCUCAUUCUGGCAAGGUUUUUAUGUUAACUGCUCUUUGUGUCAGCAGAAAGACCAAGCGAAUGCUAAAUGUUACGAGUGUAACGUCCAUUUAUGCGCUAGUUGUGUUUACAAUCAUGAACGAGCUAACAAUACACACUUCCAUACUAUUUUUCAUUUCGGCUCGUUAGCCGAUCGCGUGUCUCCCAAUGGAACAAGGAAUUUGGAUCAACAAAUUGUCUCUGGAACCAACGAGCAGAGUAAUAACAAUAAUAACAGUGAUGGUAAUAGUCAUAGCAUGUCAAGUGAUGAGUCUAAUGGGUCUUCUAGCAAAGUAGUUGGAGCUGGUCGGCGCACUGUUAGUGAAAGCUCAAGAAACUCUUCGUCAUCUUAUGACGAAUCAGUGACACUUAUGAUGAAUAAUAUGUCCCUUUUAACUUCCUGCUCUUCAUUGUAUCAAUCGGACACCCUUUCACCACCUAUAGCUAGGAGUUUAUUACAGAUAGCAACUCAAGAAGAAAAAUCUUUGAGCCAAGGAGACUCCAAUAACACGAUUUCAUUGCCAACUGGCCCCGUGGAGAUGGCCCCAUGUGAACGCCAUGAAAUGCAAUUUUAUUAUUUUUGCAAUCAGUGUAUGGUACCAAUGUGCGAGGCUUGUGUUCAUGAGCGUCACAGAAACCACCGGUUAUUGUUUAUCAGCGAGGGCCUGCAAAAAGCUUCUGAAAUGUCAAGCGAUCUAAAUUGCCAAUUAAGGGAAGUGACAGUGCUAUUACGUCAGACAUUGGAUGGAUUACAUCGUAUGCGUGAGACUAUCGAACAGAGAGCCCAGCAAGUGUCCGUUGACAUUAGAUGCGCGACAGGACGGGUUGUGGAAGCGAUAGAGGCCGAGCGAGAAGAUAAUUUGCAUAGAGUUGAACAGGCGAAACAAGUUAAAUUGAAACAUAUUUUCUAUCAAAUGCAUAAUGUCCGCACGCAUUAUAGUACCUUGGCUCGUGCUAUGGACAUUCUAACUAAUCCAGCAAUAUAUAGUAAUCCCGUCGAAAACAUGGCUGCUAAUUAUCAAGCCUUUAAACAACUGUCACAAGCAAGGAAUAUGGGAACUUCUAGUUUUCCGAUUGAAGAUAAAUUAUUUAGUUUUGUACCAGCUACUGAAGUUCGAUUGCGUUACAGAGGAUGUUUAGGGAAACUCCAAAUUUCAGACGCUCCACUCACAAAGUCCUCGUUGGUUUGCAGGCAGCCUCUAUUGCGUAUGGCUCCAAGCAUACCCGAACCAGUUUUUCCGUUACCUCGCGCCAAAGCUAGGCCUAUUUUUGGCUGCAGAGAAAUUGUUUCAAUACAAAAAACUGGCAGGAUCCCGAAAUUAGUUUGGGGCAAAGCUGGUAAUAACAGUGGCGAGAUGUGUCGCCCUUGGGGUAUUACUAUUAAUCGUCAAGGUCAGUUUAUCAUGGCUGACCGAAGCAACAACCGAAUUCAAGUUUUCGAUUGUGAAGGCAAUUACUUGUUCCAUUUCGGCACUCGUGGUACUGGUGAAGGGCAAUUUGAUCGUCCCUCAGCAGUAGCAGUAAACCCCAAUGACGAUUUGGUAGUAGCUGACAAGGAUAACCACAGAAUUCAAGUCUUCAAUCGUUUGGGCGAGUUUUUGUUUACUUUCGGACAGAAAGGAGAGCGCAUUGGCGAGUUUCUCUAUCCUUGGGACGUGGCUUGUGAUAAUGGCGGCAAUAUAGUAGUGUCUGAUGCACGCAAUCAUCGUAUACAAUUAUUCCGUUGGAAUGGCAUUUUCAUCACUAAAUGGGGAGGGGAGUCAAAUCUACCAAAGGCAUUUGACACUCCCAGAGGAGUUACGUUUGAUCCGUAUGGCAACAUCCUUCUAACUGAUUUCAAUUUGCACCGAAUUGUUUUCAUUAACAGAGUUACUGGGCUAAUAAGAACUAUGGGAGUUUUAGGAAACGAAAAAGGACAAUUCAAUCGUCCUCAAGGCAUUAUCUGUGAUGACAAGGGCUGGUUUAUUGUAGCGGAUUCGCGAAAUUAUCGUUUUCAGGUGUUUAAUGAAGAUGGGAAAUUUCAGUGGAUGGCGGGCAUCGAAGGCAAAGAUGAACCAGAAGAACUGGAUAGACCGUGUGAUGUUGCCUUGGAUCCGAAGGGCAAUAUUUACGUAAUCGAUUUUGGCAACGAUCGCAUCAAGGUGUAUUAAUUCUUUUAUUUUUUGUUUUAAACGUGUUCCAGUUUUGUUAAAAUUAUUUUUUUAUCACGGUUUCCAAUGUAUUUCUUACUU